AAUAAUAUUGAUCAUUAUGAACACAACAGUAAUGAUAUUCUUGAAAGUUUUGAUAACCCAAAUAAUAAUAACUAUCUUAAUAGUAAUAAUAACCAUCUUAAUGAUAACAAUAACUAUUUUACUAGUAAUAAUAACUAUCUUAAUAACAAUAAUAACUCUGAAAGUUUUGAUAACAACUAUCAUCCAAAUAAUAAUAACCAUCUUAAUAGUAAUAAUAACCAUUUUAAUA